CCAUUGGCCGAUUAUAUUUUCUUGCUCGACCUUUGGCUGAAAGGUGACUAUCGGGCUACGGGCUUUAUUAUAGUGGGAGAUGGCGACUAUGUUACGACAGGGUUGUGCUGUCUUCGAAGCAAUUUCUCGUAAAACUGCCCCUAAGUUCUUGGGUGGCGCUACACCAGUUCUUCAGAAGCAGCAAAAAAGGAAUUUGAAUGUACAUGAACAUAUCAGCUACACUCUCCUCAAAGAUGCAGGGAUACCUGUCCCAAAUUUCGGGUUGGCAAAGAAUAAGAAAGAAGCGGCUGAGAUAGCGAAACGGCUAAACGUGAAGGAUAUUGUUUUGAAAGCCCAAGUUCUGGCAGGUGGCAGAGGUAAAGGGUCAUUCAAAGGCGGCCUUAAAGGAGGUGUCAGAAUGGUGUACACACCGGAGGAAGCAGAAGAUAUUGCUGGGAAGAUGAUAGGCGAUUACCUGGUAACGAAACAGACUGGAGAAAAGGGACGAAUAUGUAAUUCAGUAAUGGUUACCGAACGUAAAUUUCCAAGAAAAGAAUAUUAUUUUGCCAUUAUGAUGGAGCGAGCAUUUUCUGGCCCAGUUUUAAUAGCUUCAUCCCAGGGUGGAGUCAAUAUUGAAGAGGUAGCAGCAGAAAAUCCCGAAGCUAUUUUAUAUGAGCCAAUAAGCAUUGUGAAAGGAUUAUCGAAGGAACAAGCUGAAAGAAUAGCAGAGAGUGUUGGUUUGGGGGAUAAGAAAGAAGAAACAGCUGAGAUUUUGCUGCGCCUCUACAAGCUAUUUAUAAGCAAAGAUGCCGUACUGAUUGAAGUAAAUCCUUAUGCUGAGGAUGCCAGUGGUAAUUUUUAUUGCCUGGAUGCAAAAAUGAGGUUUGAUGACAAUGCCGAUUUCAGGCAGAAAGAAUUGUUCGCUCUUAGAGACUGGACACAAGAGGAUGAAAAGGAAGUAGAAGCUGCAAAGCAUUCCUUAAACUACAUAGCACUUGAUGGGGAUAUUGGUUGUUUGGUGAAUGGUGCUGGAUUAGCUAUGGCUACAAUGGAUAUCAUUAAACUACAUGGUGGUGAACCAGCAAAUUUUCUAGAUGUUGGAGGGGGGGCAACAUCACAGCAAGUCAUGGAAGCAUUCAAAAUCAUCACUGCAGAUCCAAAGGUUCAUGCCAUCUUGGUCAACAUCUUCGGUGGAAUAAUGAGGUGCGAUGUCAUAGCAGAAGGUAUUAUAGCUGCUGCUAAAGAGCUUAAUCUUCGACUUCCUAUCAUCUGCAGGCUACAGGGUACAAAUGUGGAUGAUGCAAAAGUUCUGAUAGCAGCAUCGGGAUUGAAGAUCUUGGCUUGUGAUAAUUUAGAGGAAGCUGCAAGACUUGCUGUGAAACUGUCCAACAUUGUCAGCCUUGCGAGAUCGGCAAAACUAGAUGUCAAUUUUGAGAUUCCCCUGUAAUAAGUUUAGCUACUUAAGUUUUUCUUUUUUAUUUUGUUUUUACUUUAUGAAUAAAUGUAGACCACAUUUAAUUUAGGUAGCUCUUAAUAUAUGCAGUGUGGCUUUUAUAGCUGAUAGAAGGCUGUAGUAACAUUUGUAGAAUUGAUUUGUUAUUUUAUGUAUUGUACUUUGUUACUUAUUUAAAAGUAUUUUAUCUGAGCUUACAGAUCAUAGUAAAUACUCUGCAUGCUUGGUUUAAGCUUUGCUUUGCUUCGCUUCAGAUUAUGACUGGACUUUUAAGAAAUAAGCAGCUGUGUGUCUUGAAAUACUAUUUGAAUUGCUUAUAAACUGAUGUACCCAGGAUAAUAUGUCAUUCACAGCAGGCAAGAACUAGGGAAGCUGGUGCAGUUUUUAGUGCAGAGAUUUUUAUUUGUCUAUUGUUUUGACUGAUGGCACACCAAAAUGGAAUCUCAACUCUGAUAUUCAGAAUUAAGGUUCCAUUUUCAGAAAAGUAUGAGAAAACAUGAUAAUUGUAACAUUCAACUACUAGUAAAUCACAUUUUCCCUUAGUUGAUGUCGUGGACAGUACACUUUUGCCAUGGAGGGUUUAACACAAUAAAUUGUAUAUGAAAUGCUUUUGGUCGGAACUUUGUUUGCUUCGUAAGUUAGUGUAUCCUUUAUUUUGAUAAUGUUGUGCUUUUAAUUUAUUUGUUUGCAAAUAUUUAUUUAUUUAAUGUAAAUAGUGUUGAGAUAUUGAACAUUACAGACACUCAUUGACACAUUUGCUAUAUCUGAUUUUGCCGUAUCAGAGGUAUUUAGUUUUUAUGUUUAAUUAAUUUUACUUAAUUUUUACUUAUUUGAAUGACAAUUAUAUAUCAAAGUUUUGAGCUUGAAAUCUUUUAGCAGAGAAUAAUUUCAGCAGAAAUGUGCUAGAUGCUGUGCUUUUCUUUGGUUUGUUCUUCAGUGGAGAGACCAUUGCAGCAUAAAUGGCUGGAAAAAAAAACUGUGUUUAGUGUUUGCUAUAUUUAUUUGCAGUGAUAGUGACAAUUCAAAAAUUGUGACUUACAAGACACUUUGAGCUGUUUAAUUACAACAAUAAUUUAUGGUAAAACAGAACAGAGAUAAAUUUUAGCUGGUGCAUAAUAUGAAAAUGGGCAUAUAUGCAAUAAGUGGCAAAUGUAUUAGGUCCCGAAUAAGCCAAGUUUGCACUUCAAAAGAAAUUACCACCAUCCACUCACAGAAUACACUUUUCUGCGUCUCACUGGAAUUACAGUGACUACAUCUAAAGACUUCUUGAGUGGUUUAGUAUUGUGUACUAGAUGUCAGAUACACUUACUAACAUAAACAGUUGAUGAAUCUUACUUUCAGAAGAGCCUGAAACAUGAACAUAUUUUCAAGGAGUUUUUGUGAAUUAGUGGCACAGAUGUAUAACAGGAAAGAUUUUAUGGUCAAACAUAGUUCCUAUGGUUCGGGUAAUGCUUAUUAUAAGUCAUCCGAUCAGUUACUGAGAAGUCAGUGAAUGAAUGCUUUAAGUUUAGAAACUGUGUUAAUCACAUGCUCUUCAGGGACAGGAUUCUAAACUUCCUAAGAAAGCAGUAAUGCUUCUAAAUGUGUUUCAUGACAGCUACAAAAGUGAGAGCUCCCUGCAGUUAACAAAAAUAACUUACGGAAAGAUUGUUAUUUGAUAUUAUAUCUUUUUCAGUUGCAACAUUUUACUAGGCCAAUUAAAUUUGAAAAAUGAACUGUAUGAAAUUUAUACUCUUGUGUUUUAAUAAAUGCAACAAUUUUCUGGUAACACCUUAAAUGUUCAUGUUUGAUGAAAUGGAUUUGAGUUUAUUAAAUGUUUGAUGAUUUCUUUAUAAAUAAUACUGGUAAAAAAAAAAUUUAAAAAAAAUGACAUUUUAAAUAAUUUCCAAAAUAUAAUUUUGAUUAGUUUCGUUCACCAUUGUAACAAUGGAAAUUUGGCAAAAUGAUGUUGCCAUCAGGCUAUCACUGAAGUUAAAUAAUCUUUAAGUUUCUGUAAGUGGCUAUUCAUAAUCAUGCAAGUUUAAAAUUUUUGUUCAUUCUCCUUUUUUCUUCUCUGAAAUGUAUUGAUUGUCUUGUUUAAGAGGGAGGAGUUUGUAUAAAAAGGAGAGAGUAUUCACGGGUGGAAACUUAAAACUUAAUAGAAAUGUUUUUUAAUUACAUUUCAGAAGCAUGAUUGGUUUAUAUUGUAGAUUCUGGAAAUGCUAAUGAUUUCUCAUAUAUCCUUUGAUAUCUGUAAAAGUUGUAAGCAAGUUUGUGUACAAGCUUCUCUUUAUGUUGGUGAUAGAAGUAUUUUACUUAUGUCUCCAGAUAUGUGAGGUUGACAUAAUGGAAGUGGGUGGCACUGACACAGUGGGUAUAGCACUACAGCUUCAGGAAGAGGCGCUCAGUUCACUGUCAGGAUAUUUUGUUUAAGUUGUGUUUGCUUACUAAUUGCUUCAGGUGAAUACUGAGUUGAUUCAAUAAAACUUUCCUUGCCUGAUAAA